AUGGCAUCCAACGAUUCGGAGCAGGCCAAGCGCUUCAAGGAUGAUCUUUCUACCCCGGCUUCGGGCACGGUGAAAAUCGGUACACAUGAUGGCAUUUUCCACUGCGACGAAGUGUUGGCUUGCUUCAUGCUGCAACAGCUGCCCCAGUACGCGUCGGCCGAAAUCAUCCGCACGCGGGACACGAGCAAGCUGGACGAGUGUGACAUAGUGGUGGACGUUGGGGCCACGUUUGACCGGGCCCGGCACCGGUACGAUCACCAUCAGGCAUCGUUCAACGAUACGCUGCGGUCGCUUCGGCCCGAGCUGAACGUGAAGUGGGACAUUCGGCUCAGCUCCGCCGGCCUGGUGUACACGUACUUCGGCGAGGAAGUGAUCAAGCGGGUACUGAAGCAAAAGCUGAACCUGGAACCGAGUGCCGAAUGUUUGCGGGCGGUCUACACGAAGGUGUACGAUGGGUUGAUCAGCGAGAUCGACGCGAUCGACAACGGUGUUCCGAUGUUCGAGGGCGGCGAGCCACGGUACAACAUUUCGACGCAUCUGAGCGGGCGCGUUGGUGCUUUCAAUCCGCGAUGGAACGAACCGACGCCAGCGCCGGGUUGUCUGGAGCGGUUCGAGAAGGCCAAAGCGUACGUGGGACUGGAGUUUGUCGAUAAGGUGACGUACUACGCCAGCUGCUGGUGGCCGGCACGCGAUAUUGUGUCGAAGGGGCUGGCCAACCGGAUGGCUUUGCACGAGUCGGGGGAGAUUUUAGAGCUCGAACAACCGUGCCCGUGGAAGGAGCAUCUGUAUCAGCUGGAGCAGGAGCAGAAUCUGGUCGGGCAGGCCAAGUACGUGAUCUACUGCAAUAAGGAAAACGAUUGGCGCGUCAUAUGCGUGCCGUUGCAGCCGGCCAGCUUUGUGUGUCGCAAGUUUCUGGCCAAACCGUGGCGCGGAGUACGGGACGAGGAGCUAGAGAAGGUGUCGGGCAUUGCGGGAUCGAACUUUUGCCACCAGACCGGCUUCAUUGGGGGUAACAAAACGCGUGAAGGUGCGCUCAAGAUGGCAAUAGCUAGUUUGGCGGCAAAGGAAGACGAAUGAGCACGGGUUUCGUAGAAUCAUUAAACAUGUUCAUGGAAAUAAAACAUUCGAAAGAAAGAAGCAAUGCUGUUCGAUAGUGUUUGCCUAUUGCA